UUCACGUGGCAUGGCGAAAACUAGUAGAAAAAGAAUAUUCCGCUAUACCAGAAAUAAACUCUCAAAGAACAACACGGGACAAUUAGUUCUUUCGGCUAUCAAAAAGCUCACGAAGAACACAGCAUGGACGGCGCGUACUAUUGUCAAGUUUAUUAAAAUGGAAUAUUCACUCAAAGGUCCCAAUAUAAGUCGGAAAGUUACACGGGCACUAAAGCGGGGCGUGAAGUUAGGCAUUUUGCAGCGAGAACACGGACGAUAUCGUCUCAAUGCAAUGUCUCGGUUAGCGUGUCCCGAAGUUGAGUUGGAGCGUGGGCGCUACCAAGCCGGGAUACUGCAUCUCGAACAGCCAUUGCGUCUACGCAGUCGCACACCCUCAAGAACGCACACGCUCAUGAAAUACGACAGAAAAACGAAAAUCUUGGAGCAAUCUAAACCCGUGCACCACGGCACGUAGACAAAAUUUCAAUAAAAAUUAAAAGUUAGAUUUCAAUCUAAAUGAUGAU